AUGAUGAUGAAGAUGCGCCGUGUGAUGUGUGUGUUGGCCGUUGUGCUGUGCUGCGCCUGCGGGUAUACCAUGACGGCUGCUGCUGUUGCAGAAGAAAAUAAGGUUCACAAAGGUGAUUUUAUAUUGGGUGAGUUUCCUGUAAUUACACCCGAUGAGCAAAAAAAAGUUCUUAAGUACCUGAAUUGUAUAGAAGGAAAAACUGGUGCUGAGAAAGAAAAUUGUGCGCAGUCAUCAGAUCCUGAGAAGGAUCAGCCUGCCAAGACUCAAGUACCUCGGGUUCCCGAGUCACGUCCAGAGGCAAGCAGUCAUGGCACUUCAUCGCAUGAUUCACGGCCAAGUGAAGAAAGACGUGAACAAACAGAAUUGCAUCAAGAAAGUACAACACAGGAUUCCACAGUGCAGGGUCAACACACUAACCAACCUCCAUUGAGUGAUCCUGCUCAAGACGGUGCUGCGAUUAAUGAUUCUCUCAACACAGAAAAUCAAGUAACAGAAGGGAAUACAUCGUCAAAUGAUAAUGCUACACUUGGUGUCUCAACUGACUCUCCGGACAGUACCAACCAAUCUCAAGCUUCAGGUACGACUGCAACUAAUUCUACGUCUGGCGCAGACUCACAAGAAACCAAUCCCACUACUCAGCCGAGCCCCGAUAACACUACCACAGAAGCACCAACCACCACUCCAUCUCCCGUAACUGGUACAGAGAUCAGCAACAUUGCCUCCGCUGUAAAGAACAAGGCUAAUGUUGACAGCAGUGUCAGUCCUGUGUGGAUGCGCACUGCAGCACCGCUACUGAUUGUGGCUGUGUUGUUCUCCGUUACUGUGUACUGA